AUGCCACCCGUUGUCUUUGUUUUUCCCUUCAAUAUAAGUACACAUCUCCGCACUGUACUCUCCAUAAAAGAUUUCAACCAAAGAGCGAUCAAUAGGAUAGACGUUGAUGUAGCUACGAUCGACCUCCGAGACUCAAGAAGAGAACCUGUUCUGGAGGAGCUUGAGAAGAUGUGCAUCAUCUGCCAAGACAAAAUCAAUGGAGCAGUGGUUGUGAAUUCGCUGAGGUGCAACCACAUUUUUCAUCGCUUAUGCAUCGUGGGGUGGCUUCGCCAUAACCUAAGUUGUCCAAGAUGUCGGGACACCCAUAUCUAA